UUGGGUGGAAAACAUUUCCUAUAAUUUGUAGAAAUUGAACCCAACACCCCCUUAUACUACUGGAAAAGUCUCUAUUUUGCUUUACUUGUUAGUGGACAAUUGCGGAAGUUAUAAGAUUUUAGAGAAUUUUAACAUCUUUUUCCAGCAUUGGAUUCUGGUAAUGUUUGAAUUGAUUUGAUUUUUUUUUUCAUUUUCUUUUUGUUUGUUAAUUUCUCCAAUGCAGGUUGUUGGGUUUAUGUCUAUAGGUUCCUCUAGAAGGGGUCCAGGGGCUUUUGUUGGAUGGGUAAUCCCAAGCAAAGAUGGACCGCCGAAGAGGAAUCAGCACUCAGAGCUGGGAUUGCAAAACAUGGGACUGGAAAAUGGAGCACUAUUCUGAAAGAUCCAGAAUUUGGCCAAAUAUUAUAUUCACGGUCGAAUGUAGAUCUUAAGGACAAAUGGCGAAACAUCCGUGUGAUAUCAAGUGGCCGGGGACCACGGGAAAGAGCUACAGUGACCAUGAAAAAGAACAGACAGACCCCUAAAAGUAAUAAUACUCAAAUGGUUCCUAGCAGUGUUGUUAGGGAUAUUUCUGACGGUAUCCUUGAUGCCAUGCCUAUUGCAAUAUCAGCUGGACCUCCUCCGACCACCACUCCUGGAAAAACAGAGGCAAACAUGGCAAAUCUUAUACUGGAAGCCAUAACAAACCUGAAGGAGGCAAAUGGGUGCAAUAUAACCGCCAUCACAAUGUAUAUAGAGGACCAUUAUGUGCCGCGUGCAGAUCUCAAGCAACUCUUGUCUGGUGAAUUACAAAGAAUGACUGGGACCGGUAUACUAAUUAAGUCGAAGCACAAUUAUAGGAUAGCACCGAAUUCAAACCCCUCAGAAGGAAGAAGCUCCAAGUCCAAGCUUUUAUGCAAAGGAAGGCAGAGGGAACCUUCUCGAGUGAAUACGGGGGCUGAUAUCAAACAUCUUAACAAGCCUCAAACAUAUUCUAACUUAGCAAAGAUGGUACAUAUGUCUUCAGAGGAGGCGGCAGCUGCUGCUGUUCAGGCAAUUGCAGAGGCUGAAGCAGCCACGUAUAAAGCUGAAGAAGCAAUGAGACUGGCGGAGGCUGCAGAAGCUGACGCUGAAUAUGCACAGGCUGUUGCUGAGCAGUUAGCUUUGGCACUUGAAAAUGGAAGUUCAGCUAUGUCGGUGAGGUGAUGGUUGGAAGUUUGAUCUGAUUCUUCCGGAGCCGAUUUGGGGGUUAAGUAUAAAAUUCAGUGACUAUUUUUUUUUUCCGUGGCAACUAUGUAGAUAUGAUUAGAUCAUGUAUAUAUUCCGUGUAAUACAAAUCUCUUACUGGUUUCGACGAGUAGGUGGAUCCUAUAAUUGAUAGUAGAACCUCAAGUUGCUAAAUGUUUCCCGUGUUUAAGGAUUUAUUACAAGAGACCGAUGUUUGUAAACUCGCCGACCCCCUAGAUGGUCUUCCUACUAUAAUUAGGAUUAAUUGCAGAUUCAUCCGUUGCAAUUCA